AUGUCACUUUGCCUCUCUGUUGAGGACUUUAAAUAUUUUAGGCAACAUCCCGCGAAGCCUGGUACUGAAAUUUUUCUCGAGUACCAACUCGAAGGACUUCGUCCCGCUACGGCGUACGCUCUGAGACUUGCUGCAGUUAACGACAUCGGGGAUAGCGAUUAUUCCGAAUCUGUCAUUGUCCAAACUUUGGAAGAAGCACCAUCUGAGCCUCCACACAACGUACAAGUCCAAGCCUCAUCACCUGGAGAAUUGAUUGUAAAAUGGCAGGCUCCGCCUCAAGAAACCUGGAACGGUGAGCUGGUCGGGUACGUGAUCACUUGGCGAGACGCUACCUCUAUCGGCGUCGAGAAUAUGACCCAAGCGCUGACUGUGUCGGGAUGGGGCGUUUCCCACAUUGUGGUAUCUUCGUUGCGCGCGCACACGCAUUAUGAGGUGCGUGUGCGAGCGUUCAAUGCAAUCGGACCAGGACCAGCUUCUGUACCAAUAACAGCCACUACUCUUGAAGGAGCCCCAGAAGCACCUCCGGUACGAGUCCGCUGUGAACCGAUCUCAGCGCAGUCGAUACGCGUGUGGUGGGAACCUCCGCCUCUGGACUCGAGAGGAGGGGUCCUUCUAGGCUAUGAGCUGAUUUACGAGGCAGUAGACGAUCUUGAUAGCCAAGUUGAGACUCGUCGCUCUGGAAGUCUAGAGACUGUGCUACAGUCGUUGCGGCGGGCUGCCAAUUACAGCGUCUCGAUCAGAGCGAGGACCACGGCAGGGGCCGGACCUCCUUCUGAACCUGUUUACUGCAGCACUCUUGAAGACGUUCCCGGCUCUCCGGCCGAUAUAAAGGCGUUGGCUAAUUCAGAAGACACGGUGAUAGUCAGUUGGCUGGCUCCAGCCCAGAAAAAUGGCAAGAUAAAGCACUAUACUAUCUAUAAUCGCCCGCAAAGAACAGGUCAGCACUCUCAGUUGAUGGUGCUGCACAGAGACGAAGAAGAUGAAUACCAAGUGGAAGUCAGAGGUCUGCAAGAGCACCAGGUUUAUGAGUUUUGGGUGACCGCUGCCACUGCCACGGGAGAGGGAGAGAUGAGUGCUAUUGUGGCCACGAAACCUAAUCCAAGAGCCCCGGCCAAGGUUACGUCUUUCGGACGUAGGUUGAAGUUCCCAGUGGGGCGGAGGGCGCGCGUGGCGUGUGGCGCGGCGGGCAGCCCUACCCCGCAGCGGGCGUGGUCGCGGCGAACUCCCUCCGCGCCCAUACUCCAGGAUCCACGAUUUCUCGUGGACGGCCAUCAUCUUGUGAUACUGAAUAUGGAUCGGUUGAUAUCAGACAACUAUACUUGCACAGUCAGAAACCCUUGGGGCGAAGAGAGGAGCACUUGGGAGAUUAAGGCACUGACAGAACCAGCGCGACCGGUGCUAAGGCUCGCGACAUCUGCGCCGUCUAGGCUGCAUCUUGUAUGGGAACCUCCACACAACGGAGGAUCUAGUUUGCAUGGCUACACGCUGGAAUACGCUCGUCUGAAGGACAGUUCCUGGAUGUCAAUUUACUUGCCGGCCGACAGCCGAGCGCACUCGCUGGAGAGACUGUCCUGUGGAACUGUGUAUAAGAUCCGACUAACAGCUCAUAACGCGAUCGGAGCCUCUCCACCAAGUGAGGACUUGAACGUGUCUACCAAAGGUGGACCUUCUAAAGCUCCAGCAGAGAAAGACCUCGUCGCUGCGAACAGCACCUGUGUUCGUCUGAACCUUCUCACGUGGAACAGUAACGGGUGUCCCCUUCUCCAAUUCACGAUAUCCAUCAAGAGCUUCGAGGAUUCCUCGUGGAUGACAAGCAGCGUCUCCCCCGUCCAGCCGUUUGCCGUGUGCCGACUGACUGUCGCCUCCUGGUACCAUUUGAAGGUGGUGGCUAACAGUGCCGCGGGCAUUACUACUGCCAACUAUUACUUUUCAACCCUCACGGAUAAUGGAGAGCGGAUACCGGCUCCGGCUCACUUCCCUCCUGGUGGAGGAGACGACGGCGAGGAGCCCGCCACCGCCACCCUGGCCGCCACCGCAGUGGGAUCCGUCAUUGUUCUGUUGCUACUGGCAGCAUUUAUUUAUAAAAGAAGCCCGUUAGUCGCCUGCUUUAGAAAGAGUUACGAGCAAGGCGAUAUAUCGGAGGAAGAGGAGAAGUCAGUGGAGAAGAGAGACAACCAUCGUAACUGCCAACAAGUGUACACUUCUUCCCCGAUCAAACAUCCCGUUAGCAAAAAAGAACAGCAAGAAAUGUACGAGAUAAGCCCGUACGCGACGUUCAGUAUGUCGGGCGGUGCGGAGAGUGCGGGGGACGAGGGGGCGGCGGCCGGGGGCGCGGUCGGGGUGGGGGUGGGGGGCGCGGGCGCCACGCUGCGUACCUUCGGCCGACCGGAGCCCGCUCCGCUGCAGGCCGCCCCGUUUCGACACAAACACCGGGACCCUGUUAAUCCAGAUGAAUACACGCUGUCCCGCGCCAUGACGCUGAUGGUGCGACGCUCGGAGUCGGACUCUGACUCGAGCGGGUCGCCGUGCGCGGAGUGCACCUCCAGCGUCUCCUACAGAAUGCCCAUGGCCGCGACGAAAGAAGACGUGUUCGGGCCGGUGAUGGACUCGGGUGCGGAGUGCGCCGGCGAGGCGCGACACCCGCGUCCGCAUGAUAAGCGCCGCCGGCAGCGACGACACCACACGCCCACGUCUUCAAGGUACCAGCAACGUCAAGAGCAGGAACGAAGGGAUUUCACAAUACAUGUAUAAGGACAAUAAAGACUGCUACAAGCAAAUUAAAAAAAAAUACGAGUAAUUAGGUACUAUUGGUAUUGUUAGUUAAAAAUAAUUUGUUAUGGGUAAGCAGUCCUUGUUCACAAACUUAAACAACGCACGAUCGAUUGUUGAUUAGUUUUUUAAUCACUGAAUUAAAAAAUAGUCGCACUUAUUUCAUUUAUUUUACUAUACUCCGAUUUCACAGCUCAUUCAGCUAUGGAUUACUGAGAAAUUUAAGUAUUGUAAACAUAAUAUUAUAUAUUGGAUACAUAAAACUUUCGCUCCAAAUAACCUAGGCUGUUUCUUUGUGAUUAGUGUUGGAGAAUUUUUAAUUUAAUUAAAAAUAGUAUUUAACAGUAUGUCAUAAUAUCUGUUUUACACUUAAAGCAUUCUAUGUAUUACGUUUUUUUAUAUCUUUCUAUAAUAUAUCCUAUGGAGGUAACAAGCAAUAAUUGCAUAUAACGACAUCUACAAAAUUUAAUUUAUGAUUUGAUUAUUCAUUGUAAAUAUAGGAAAGGUUAAAUUAAAUAAUAAAUCACAAAAUUCUAACAUUUGUAAAUAAAAAUGAGUUAUUUUUUAAAACGUUUUUGGAUACGCGGCCUAUUUGGACUGAAAUUUUAAAAACCAAUUAUCGAACAAAAUUGUACCUUAUGGUAAAAAAAAGAAGGAAUAAAAUAUAGUUUUACGGUAGCGAAGUCACAAGAGACACGAAUAAUAAAGUAAAGAUUUUCUAAAGUAAAAGUAAUUAUGUUUUUGUGUUUAUAUGAAAUACUGUUUCUAGUGUCUUCGAAUUUAGGUAGUGAUGUUACAAGCUCAAUAAAAAUAGUGUAUAGCUGUAGAAACAAUCUAACAGUUACUGAACCAUAUCUCAACAUACUUCUAACAUUUUUUAUGUGGACUUUGUAGUUAAUAAUGAGAAUUUUACACAUUUCGGAUCUUUAUCGCUACCUGUUUUAAUAUUGCUAAGCGUUUUGAAUAAACGCCAUGAGAAAUAUGCUGAAAUAUUGGUAGAAGUCUAAUACGCCAGUGCCGGAAAAGCUUUUUACCAAAGCACUUGAACUGAUAAGCCCACCCAUCAAAAUUUUUAUAUAAAGUAGUUAUAUAAGUAAGAUACCAAUUAAAGAUUACGAUAAAAAAUAAUGCCAAAUUUAAAAAAAAAUUUGUCUGAUGAUUUGGUUUAUACUUGCUCACAUUGAAUUUGAGAGAUUUUGCGUUAAUUUAAAUAUGACAAUGGUUAUUAGCUAUUAUUUAAUUUUGUUAGAUCCAAAAACUAUUUCGAGGAAUAGGCUAGCUGAUUAAUAAAAACUCAAUAAAGGAAUACAAUCGGAAAAUACAUUGUUAAUCAAAUAAGUUUGACCAUUGUUUGGCCUUAAAUGACGCCAUCAUUGGCUUUAUUCAAACAGAUUUUAAUUUAUAUACUCUGUGUAAAACUCAAAUGUCAUUUUUGUUAUGAAUUUAUUGAUAAGCUCAAAAUAAUUUUAGAAUUUCAGCUCUAAGCAUGAAGUCAUGAUUAAAAACACUUUUAAAACUUAUGUUUCAGCGUGGUGUAUAACAACCAUAAGAGUCGACUAUUAUCAAAGCCGGCAAUCUGACUUUUGGACAAUGAUUGGUAAAUCAGAAAAACGAAUUAUUGACUUUGUAUUCCAUUGGCAGUCACAAAACUCUUCGGAACGACAUCUUAGAUAAAUAACAGGUUAACUAUUAACCUUUAUUUAAUGCAGGUUUUGAACCGUAUUCUUUGAAGGAGACGAUUAUAUUCAAAUCAAUCUGUAUUGACAUAUCAAUAAAAUUGAUUUGUCCAAAUGCACAGAUUGCCACCUUUGAUAAUAGACGACUCAUAACAGGUUGUCAGUGAUAUUUGUACUUAGUGUAAGUAAACGGGUGACAUUGAUAGAAAAACGAAAAGAGUGCCAUGUUUAUACAUAGUUUAAAUUGUUUCGGGGCUACUACCCCAUUUUGUCUGUCACUGAUGAUGCUAACACUUUGAAGAGCGAUGAAGAUUUCUGUUAGUUAAUUUAAGAAAAAAACUACACUGA